AAGGAUCCAAAAAUUUCCUAAAAGCUUUGAUUUUGAAUUUGAAUUUUAGAGAGAGAGUAAUGGACACCCAUGUACUCUGCUUUGAUACCAGUUUUCUGGUUCCCACUUUGGAAAACAACAAUACUUGUAGCAGCAUUAUGGCCUCCUGUUCUCAAACUAUGGAAGCUCAGGCUGCCAAGCAGAGACAAGAGAUUGAUCAGUACAUCAGAUUACAGAACGAGAGAUUGAGAUUGGUACUUCAAGAACAGAGAAAACAGCAGCUUGCAAUGCUGUUGAAGAAAAUAGAGUCUACAACCCAAGUACUAUUAAAGCAAAAGGAUGAUGAAAUAACACAAGCAAACAGGAGAAGAAUGGAGCUUGAAGAUUUCUUGAGAAAAUUGGAGGCUGAAAACCAAGCAUGGCAGAGAGUGGCACAAGAAAACGAAGCCAUGGUUGUGUCCUUAAACAACACUCUAGAACAGUAUAGAGAGAGAGUCUCGUGCUGUCUCAUUAAUGGGGCAGACGAUGCAGAGUCUUGCUGUGAUAACAGAGAAGAAGAAGAAGCAGAGAGUGAUGGUGUUGAUUAUGAACAGAUAAGGAUGAAGAUGAAGGUUUGCAAAAGCUGUAAUUCUCGGAGUUCGUGUGUCCUGUUCCUUCCUUGCAGACACCUUUGUUCAUGCAAAGCUUGUGAGGCGGUUCUUGAUUGUUGCCCUGUUUGCAGAACACCAAAGAAGGCCAGCAUAGAGGCUUUGAUUUUCUAGGCUGAUUUUCCGGGAAAAAGUGGAGAGAAAAAAAAGGGAAAGAAAGUGACUGAGAAUUCUUGGUUUUAGCAGGAUGAUGUUAAUGAUGAUCAUUGAUGAUGGAGUGAACAGAACCAUUUUGGAUACAGAUGGUUUUUUUAUUAUUUUAUUUUAUUUUAUUUACUUUUUUCCUUUUUAGGGUCUCUGAAUUUAGAUUUUAGUUUGUACUUUAGACGACCAACAACCCAAUUGAACAGAAAAAUACGGCACAGAGCAUCUUUUUCCUUUCCUGGAGGGUGCUGCUUUUUCCUUUUUCAA